GUUGGCGCUAGUUUCCCAAACUUUUUCUCCCUCUCUCUCAUACAUAAGUAAAAAAACUUUUUACUUAGCCUUCCCAAACGUUUUUUUGCCUCUCUCUUUCUCAAAACCCUUGAAAUUCCUAAACUCCUAAAACACUUGUUGCUCGAUAUCAAGCAUUGUCUGGCAAAAAAAAAUUUCUCUCAAUCACUCGGCAUUAUUCGGCUACAUCAAGAGUUUAAUAUGAAACCAUUAAAGACUGGAAAGGAGGUGGGAUCCACUAUGAAGUCUACUAACAAAUAUACUUCGUUGCACCUGGUGCUAUUGGGAAGGACCAAGGUGAGGGCUUAGAUCUACGUGCUCUUUGGGGUUAUCUGAUUCUACCAAGCAUGCUGCUCAAGAAAUACAAACUGACAUUCCAUUUUAUACAUCUACUGAUGAAGUUAUGAAAUACAUUCAAACAGGUGAAACAAGUGCUAUAGCAAAGGGACGAGGGCGAGGGCUUAGAUCUAUGUGUUCUUCGGGGAUAUUAGAAAAUAAGUUGGGAUCCUCCUUCCAUCAAAGGAUUCUUUAUACUAGUCAAAGUGUGCCAAGAAUUUCUAACAAUACAAGAUCAAAUUCUACAUUGUCUGCUGCUCAAGAAACGCGAAGCACGAUUAAAAUCCCCUCGGUUCUUGAGAAAGAUCAUAUGCAAACUGAUGUUUCAUUUUCUCCAUCUACUGAUAAAGUUAUACAAUCUCCCCAAUCAGUCGAACCAAGUGCUAUAGGGAUGGGACGAGGACGAGGGCGAGAGCUUAAAUCGUUGACCUCUUCAAAGGUUUCUGAAAAUAAGGUGGGAUCCUUUCAUCAUAAUGCUCUUUACGCUAGUCAAGGCAUGCCAAGAACUUCUAACAGCACAAAAUCAAAUUAUACAAUGUUUGCUGCUCAAGAAAUGCGAACAACAAAUGUAACUCCCUCUGUUCAAGAUAAAAAGCAUGUGCAAACUGAUAUUGCAUUUUCUCCAUCUACUGAUCAAGUGAUGAAAUCUUCCCAAACAUUUGAACCAAGUUCAUGUACUAGUAAGGUAAAAAAAGUUCGAGGAAGUAACAAGUGCAAAGAAGUUGCAUCACUUGAAGUGGGGCAGAAGCUAAAAGUAACAUUUUACAAUAAUCGAACAGUUGGAAAGAAUAGCAAUCUAUUUGUGAGGCACUUGGGAAAAUUAGUUCGUGACCGUAAUAUGUGUCCAUUAGGAGUAUCAUCGUGGGAUGACAUUAAGGAAGAAAAAUUAAAUCAUAUGUGGGCAGCUGUUGAGGAUAAAUUUGAGAGUGAUGACAUGGAUAUCCAUCGGGAUCAUAUUUUGAGUUGGAUGAAAGAAUUAUGGAAUAAAUGGAGAGGACAAUUUCAUGCAAAGUAUGUGAAGGGUAAGCCAAUACAAGAGGCUCUUAGAAAUGUGCCAAAGGGAGUAGAUAAAAAACAAUGGGAAUGGUUGAUAAAGGAGCAUUUUUCUUCAGAAAGUUUUCAGGCGAGAAGCCACAGGAACGCAACAAAUAGAGUUAAGCUAAAGAUGCUUCAUCAUAUUGGUAGCAAGCCAAUUAGAGAAAUUAUUUAUCAAAAGGGUGGAAAAGAUGGCAACCCACCAGAUUUGGCAACUAUUUUCUUUGAGACUCGCAAGAAGAAUAACACACUUGUUGAUUUUGAAACAAUUGAGAAACAUGCUCAAAUCCAAGAAUUGGUGAUGUCCUAACCGUCUCUUCCAAGCAUAGAGAUUGUAGAAAAGUGCUUUGGACCUCAAACUCGUAGCCAUGUAUUUGGUUUUGGAGGUGGAGUAAAAGCAAAAGACUUGAAAGGUGGCACUUCUUCAAAGGCUGAACUAAUAUCUGAGUUGCGUUCAACUCGAGAAGAAAACAAAUCUUUGAAGGAUCGUGUGUCUACAUUAGAAAAUGAGAUGAAAGAAAUGAAGCAAGUAGUAUUUACUCAACACUCCAAUGUCAAGCCUCCGACAUCGACCGUUUCAGAAGAAUGACCAUCUGAUUAACAUACCAAGUUAAUAACAACUUAUUUGGAAUAUUAGUUCAUUUUUUUAAUUGAUUGUGCAUUUGCUGCUUUUCUACAUUUUCCAGUUCUAUUGCCGCAUUCGACACCUUUCUAGUUGCGGUAAUUUUCCUUGAAUAUCAAAGUCGACAUGAUCUGUGAUGGA